AUGGCGGAGUAUAUGAUAGAACAUGUGAGGGCUGCAUGCAGCCCGAGCCCCCCCAAGAACCGCCGCGCGGAGCAGCAGCAGCAGCAGCAGCAGCAGCAGCAGCAGGUGCAGCAGCAGCAACAAAGACAGCUAACGCCUCCACGCCAUACAUCGCAUGCAGCCGUUGAGCUGCAGCAGCAAGUUGGCGGCAUUGCUGCAGCAGCAGCAGCAGCAGCAGCAGCAGCAGCAGCAGGAUCUGCUAAAACACCUUUGGGGACCCCCUUGCGGUGUCGCGCGUACAGCAGCACCCCAGCACCGCAGACAGCAGCAGCAGCAGCAGCAGAGCAGCAAACACCAGCAGCAACAGCAGCAGCAGACAGCAGCAGCAGCAGCAGCAGCAGCAGCAGCAGCACACCUUCACGCCUCACUCUUCCUGAGUUCAGAGCGAUGAUGGAAUUUACUUUCGCAGAAGACGCAAAGGCCCUCGCCCGCAGCCAGGUUGCUCUUGUUGCUGCUGCUGAACACUGCAGCUGCUGCAGCAGCAGCAGCAGCAGCUGCAGCAGCAGCAGCUGCAGCAGCAGUAGCUGCAGCAGCAGUAGCUGCAGCAGCAGCAGCUGCAGCAGCAGUAGCUGCAGCAGCAGCAGCUGCUGCAGCACCCCUAUUAGGAGCAAAACAGCAGAGGGACAUGAUGAUUGCAUGCGCUGCUGCAGCCCUGUUAAACAGCAGCAGCAGCAGCAGCAGCAGCAGCACAAGCGAAAGGCUCCGUCCUGCAGCUGCUGCCGCUGCGGCAGCGUCUCGUGCAGCAGCUGCAGCAGCAGCAAACGCAGGUGCUGCAGCAGUAGCCUGACCCCACCACGGUGUACACAGCAGCUGCAGCAGCUGCAGCAGCAGCAGCAGCAGCAGCAGCAGCACGAAGGGAGCCCUGUAGCGUCCCUCAAGAAGCGGUGCUGCUGCAUGCACAGGUCUGCUGCAGCAGAACCAGCAGCAGCAGCAGCAUCAUCAUCUCCUGCUGCUGCUUCUGCAGUCUCACACGCACCGCAAGACUGCGUUAAUGAUGCUGCAGCAGCUGCUCCAGCAGCAGAAGAUACAGCAGCAGCAGCAGCAGCAGCAGCAGCAGCAGCAGAUGAUGAUGAUGAUGAUGGGGUCCCCCCAUGCAGCCCCCUGCAUCCGCUGCAGUGUCUGUUAGACAGAGCCAUCUGCUGCAGCAGCGACAGCAGCCUUCCUCCUUUGCUGCCACGGCCAGCAGCAGCAGCAGCAGCAGCAGCAGCUCCUGCUGCUGCUGCUGCUGCUGCUGCUGCUGCUGCUGCUGUUGCUGCUGGUGGUGCUGGUGCUGCUGCAGGAAAAAGUUCUGUUGAUACAGAGAGGCGAAUAGAUAUGCAAGAGCAGCAACAGCAACAGCAGCAGCAGCAACAGCAGCAGCAACAACAGCAGCAGCAGCAGCAACGAAGGGCUGGAGCUGUACGCUUGGUUGCUGCUGCUGCUGCUGCAACAGCAGCAGGUGUCGGCCGCAUGCUGCUGCAGCGCAGCAACAAACCGAGCGGCCCCAGCAGCUGCAGCACGAAGUUAGUAUCCACAGCAGCACAAGCGCGCCCUGCUGCUGCUGCUCCUACCCCUUCUACAGCAGCAACGAGCCGCGUUCUGCCGCUGCAGAAGCGGAGAGCUGCUGCUGCUGCUUCCACUGCAGCAGCAGCAACAGCAGCAGCAGCAACACCUCGCAGCACGUCAAGGACCCUAUGCAGCCGCAUCCUGCCUACAGCAGCAGCAACAUUUGCUGCAGCAAGAGCAGCACCUACAGCCCCUGCUGCUGCUGCUGCUGCUGCUGCUGCUGCAGCAGCACCGCAGCAGCAUGUAAAGGGGCGGCCACUGACACGUGCAGCAGUGAAGGUUACUGGCUCUCAGCAACAGCAGCAGCAGCAGCAGCAGCAGCAGCAAGCAGAAGUCGAGCUACGUCUCUCUCUCCCGUGUCUGCUCGCAGAGGAGGCGCUGCUGGCCCUGCUGCUGCUGCUGCUGCUGCAGUCUCCCCUGCGCAGCCACGAACAGCAGCAGCAGCAGCAGCAGCAACACCAGCAGCAGCAGCAGCAGCAGCAGCAGCAGGGGCUGCUUCCAGCACGUCCCCCAGGAAAUCCCCUUUAUCUGUAUCUUCUUUGGGUUCUGGUUCUGCUGCUGCAGCAGCCGUUGCUGCUGCUGUUGCUGCAGUUGCUGCUGCAUGCAGUACAAAGACAUCGCGUUCGCUGCAGCAGCAACACCAGCAGCAGCAGCAGCCAGCAGCAGCAGCAGCAGCAGCAGCAGCAGCAGCUCCGCCGUCGUGCUGCUCUUUACCGCAGCCGCAGUGUACAGACACCCAAAGGCAGUGGCUGCUCGAAGGCUGCUCGUGCUGCUGCUGCUGCUGCUGCUGCUACAGCAGCAGGUGUUGCUGCUGUGUCUGCUGCUUCACCAGCAGCAACAGCAGCAGCAGCAGACACAGCAGCAGCAGCAACAGCAGCAGCAGCAGCAGCAGCAGCAGCAGAGAGGAGUGGUAGCGUCUCAAGGGCCCCAAUGGAGGGACACUGCUGA